ACCCAGAAGUAGACGCCAUAACCUCUCUCUGUAUCUGCUCUCGUCUCCACCUCAGAAACAAAAAGCUUCUGUCCCCCAAAUCGACAGAAAAAUCUCCAAAUCCAGAUCCAGAACAUGCCAUUGCCCUUGCCCGGAGUGAGAUUGCGCUCAUUUUCAGCAACAGUGCCGCACAGAUUCUGAUCUGCGUUCUCUAGAUUUGACGUCUUUUCAUUUCUGCUUUCCGAAUUGUGGCGCAGGAUCGGUUCGGUCCGGGCAGAAUUACUUCACAGGGAACUGAAUGUUUCUACUCGGUCUCUUGCGCUGAAAUGGUCGAGUUUGACUUCAAGGUUUUCGAUUCGGUUUGAAUUGCGUCACUGUAGCGCCAAAUUUGGGAUAAAUUGUGAGACUGCUAGAAGAGAAGAAACUGAAUUCCUAACUUCUUUAUUGGAAUCGAAUGCCGAACUUCCUCUGCGUCGCAAUGAGUAUCGAGGUUGUGAAGAAUCUUGCCAAGAUCAUUGAGGAGGCAAGGCAGUGAGGUUCUGUCGGCCCUACUGCUUCUUUGGUCCUAACAACACUUGGUGCAUCGUGAAUCUAAAUUUCAAAUCAGUAGAAAGUACUGUUGGUAGCUGAAGGAAGAGACGCCGAGGAAUGCUGUCAAUUUGCACUAAUAGAUCUCUUUAAGAAUGGUCUUAGACUCUUAAUUUCUGAGUUACAUAAGGUUUACGGCUUUGAAGCCGAGAGGAGACGGCGAGAAAUGGGAGCUGUCGGUGAGGACGAGCUAAUAAUGGAAGAGACAAGUGGGCGUGAAGAGAGAAUUUUGGUAUCAGUUCGUCUGCGCCCUUUGAACGAGAAGGAGGUUUCAAGGAAUGACGUCUCGGAAUGGGAAUGCAUUAACGAUAACACUGUCAUAUGCAGGAAUGCGCUUUCGGUUGCUGACCGCUCCUUGUAUCCAUCUGUGUAUACAUUUGACAGGGUAUUUGGUAGCGAUUGCACAACAAGGAAGGUCUACGAGGAGGGCGCCAAGGAAGUUGCUCUUUCUGUUGUCAGUGGAGUUAACUCAACUAUUUUUGCUUAUGGACAAACAAGUAGCGGGAAAACGUACACCAUGAGUGGAAUUACCGAGUUUACUAUAGCAGAUAUAUAUGAUUACAUAGAAAAGCACCCGGAGAGAGAAUUUCUUUUGAAGUUUUCUGCCAUAGAGAUAUAUAAUGAAUCUGUGAGGGACCUCCUUGGCAUAGAUAGUACUCCUCUCAGACUCCUGGACGAUCCAGAGAGGGGAACCACGGUUGAGAAACUCACAGAGGAAACUCUGACGAACUGGAAUCAUUUUAAACAACUUUUAUCUAUUUGCGAAGCUCAGAGGCAGAUUGGGGAGACAUCUUUGAAUGAAGCAAGCUCCAGAUCUCAUCAGAUUCUUAGAUUGACAAUUGAGAGCUCAGCUCGUGAAUUUUUAGGCAACGACAAGUCAAGUUCUCUCACAGCUACUGUGAAUUUUGUUGAUCUUGCUGGAAGUGAACGUGCAUCUCAGUCGUUAUCAGCUGGUACACGUCUCAAAGAAGGUUGUCACAUAAAUCGUAGUUUGCUUACUCUUGGGACUGUUAUUCGUAAGCUCAGUAAGGGAAGAAAUGGACAUAUUCCUUUCAGGGAUUCGAAGUUAACUCGUAUAUUGCAAUCUUCCUUGGGAGGCAAUGCUAGAACCGCAAUCAUCUGUACAAUGAGCCCUGCACGAAUCCAUGUUGAGCAAUCAAGAAACACACUAUUUUUUGCAAGUUGUGCUAAAGAAGUUGUAACUAAUGCUCAGGUGAAUGUAGUUGUAUCUGAUAAGGCACUAGUAAAACAGUUGCAAAGAGAAUUGGCUAGAUUGGAAAGCGAGUUAAGAAGUUCCGGACAUACUUCUGUUACUCCCGAUUCUACUUUAUUAAUUAGAGAAAAAGAUCUCCAGAUUGAAAAGCUAAAGAAGGCCUUAAGAGAACUUACCUUGGAACGAGAUUAUGCUCAAUCUCAGGUUAAGGAUCUACUUAAAAUGGUUGAAGAUGAUAAACCUUUAAUGCCAUCGACAGAAUUGGAUGAUCACUACCCAAGAUUACGGGUGCAGUCUUCAUGGGACUUAGAGAAUCACCCAGCUGAGACAACAGUGAUGACAGAUUCUCGAAUCCUGGGUGAUGUUGCUGGAUCUUUUGAUGCAUCUCAAGAUUCUGGUGGACAUAGCAGUAGGUCUGAUGAUAAUUUUAUGCAUCUUGUUGAAUUUGAAAAGAAUUCCCUGCAAGGUAAAUCCCCUCCACGAGUAGCAGCAACGGUUCCUUCUUUGGUUGAUACUCAACUACAUAUGGAGGAGAUAGAAGAACUGUCCUGUGAUAACUCUGAGGAUCUCUGCAAGGAAGUUCGAUGUAUUGAGAUGGAAGAAUCAAGUAUAGAUAGAUACUUAGUUUCAACCAUGUCAGGUUCUAGCCCAGAAAGAUACAUUGAUUCGACCACACAGUCUCCUAUAGCAAACACAACAACCUCUAGAUUGAAAGUAGCUGAUAACGAGCACAGUAAAAAAUGUAAAUUAGAAUCAUCCCCUUCAGUAGAAGAUAAUAAGUCUAACAACUUCAGUCCCUUUUAUGUGGUCCCAUCUCCGGAGAAGCCUUCUCCAUGGAUGAUGGAGAAAGAUAUCUGUACCUCUGGAGGAUUACAGUUAACUAGGAGUAGAAGUUGUAAAGCCAGUCUUAUGAGAACCAUAUCUAUAGAGAACAUCAAGGAAAUCCAGGGCACACCACCAAUUUGCUUUGGAAAAGACUUCAUAGGGAGACCUGAGGGCUUCCAAAUAAAACUUGCUGCAUUGCGAUACAAUAUUGAGACGGAGAAUUCGUCACAAACUUGUUCUCAAACUUCCCAGAAGAGCACUUCUAAAGGCGCGCCCGGUGAACAGAAUGUUGAUGUGUCAGAAGACGAGAAAAGUGAUGUUACUUCAGCUAUUGAACCAGAACAAAACCGGAUAUCCAACCUCCACAGUGAAAAUCAACUUCUCAACGCAACAAAGCCGAUAUCCAACCUCGAAUCUGAAAAUCAUCUUCUUGAUGCAGCGAUGCUUGGGGCUAAACCAAAUCCCCUUGAAUCCGAUGAGAAGAAUGUGGAAGAUAUCGGCAUGGAUCCAACCCAAAAUGACAUGAGAAGCGAUUCAAAAUGGCCUUCAGAAUUCAGAAGACUUCAAACAGACAUCAUUGAGUUGUGGCAUGUUUGUAACGUCUCAUUGGUUCAUAGAACCUACUUUUUCCUUCUAUUUAAAGGCGGCGAUCCAGCUGAUUCUAUCUAUAUGGAGGUAGAGUUCAGGAGGCUGUCCUUCCUCAGAGACACAUUCUCUCAGGAAAAUCAAACCGUAGAAAAUGGCCAAACUUUGACAGCAGCAUUGAGUAUGAAGGCUCUCCGCCGGGAGAGGCAGAUGUUGAGCAGACAAAUGCGGAAGAGGCUCUCAGAAAAACAAAGAGAGACCCUGCUCGUAGAAUGGGGCAUUAGUUUGAAUUCUAACCACCGGAGGUUGCAGUUGGCUCAUCUUUUGUGGAAUGAUACAAAAGAUAUGGAUCACAUAGGAAGGAGCGCAGCCAUUGUUGCUAAACUUGUUAACUACGUAGAACCAGAGCAAGCCUUCAAAGAGAUGUUUGGCCUCAAUUUCACUCCACGCCGCGGUGCUCGAGGAACCACCUCGUUGGAGACGAAGCAUCAACCUUGUCUUAUAAUGUAAGCUUCUCGCUAAUCAUCUUUGUACAGAUUACGUGUUGUUACUCAAUCGGUGUAUUUCUUUGUUCUUCCUUGGAUAUUUCUACCUUUUCUCGACCCGGUCUGAUUAUAAUUUAAUUGCAAGGAUUAUGUAAACUUGUGAAUUUCUAAUGGAAUGCGACUUUAUUAGUUUUUUUUUUUAA